UAUAGAGUCUAUAACCGGCUGGCCGGGCGGAGCUGGCAGCAUUUGACUGUGGCUUGGGACGCGGCGAGAGGCGCCCCGCGACCGCCCGAAGCCCCGGCGAUAGUCUGAGCGCCCCUGGGCCUCCCCUCCCCCAGACGCCGCGCGCCCUCCCCGCGCCCUCGGGACACACACCCCCGCCGCUCCCGCCGCCUCUGCCGCUCGCGCCCGCCCGCUCCGUCCAGGCCAGGCCAGCCCGGGGGAGGCGCGGCGCCGCCAGCAUGAGCGGCUCCUUCGAUCGCAAGCUGAGCAGCAUCCUCACCGACAUCUCCAGCUCUCUGAGCUGCCAUGCGGGCUCCAAGGACUCGCCCACCCUGCCCGAGUCCUCCGUCACAGACCUGGGCUACUACAGCGCUCCCCAGCACGACUACUACUCGGGCCAGCCCUACGGGCAGACGGUGAACCCCUACACCUACCACCACCAAUUCAACCUCAAUGGGCUCGCGGGCACCGGCGCUUACUCGCCCAAGUCGGAAUACACCUACGGAGCCUCGUAUCGGCAGUACGGAGCCUACCGCGAGCAGCCGCUGCCGGCCCAGGACCCAGUGUCCGUCAAAGAGGAGCCGGAAGCCGAGGUGCGCAUGGUGAACGGGAAGCCCAAGAAGGUCCGCAAACCCCGUACCAUCUACUCCAGCUACCAGCUGGCCGCCCUGCAGCGCCGCUUCCAGAAGGCCCAGUACCUGGCGCUGCCCGAGCGCGCAGAGCUGGCAGCGCAGCUGGGCCUCACGCAGACUCAGGUGAAAAUCUGGUUCCAGAACCGCAGAUCCAAAUUCAAGAAGCUCUACAAGAAUGGGGAGGUACCCCUGGAGCACAGUCCCAACAACAGUGAUUCCAUGGCCUGCAACUCACCACCAUCGCCUGCUCUCUGGGACACCUCCUCUCACUCCACUCCAGCCCCCAACCGCACCCAGCUGCCCCCGCCGCUCCCAUACAGUGCCUCCCCCAGCUACCUGGACGACCCCACCAAUUCCUGGUACCAUGCACAGAACCUGAGUGGACCCCACUUACAGCAGCAGCCGCCUCAGCAGGCCACCCUACACCAUGCUUCCCCUGGGCCCCCGCCCAACCCUGGGGCUGUGUACUGAGCACCCAUGCGAUCCAAACUUACCACGAAGGACCCCCGGACCAGACAGGACCAGACAGAAGGCGCCUCUGUCCUAGCCUAGCCAACACUCAGGAAUCAUCGAGGAGCACAGGGGAAAGGGCGCCCCCUUGACCACUCCCCUGGUCCCUUCCUCCAGGAACCCAAGAGCUGCCAGAUGAAAUUUGCGUGGACUAAGGAUGCCCCCUGAACCUCCUUCCUCCUGCCUAGACACUGGGGUACCACUCCAAAUGCUGGCACAUCCCAUCUUAGCUGGAACUCCAGGAGCCUGAAAUGAUUUUAAAUGA